AUGGCCGCAUUGGUUCAAACGAUCCCCCAGCAAGCUACUACUAUCACCUUGCUUCAACCCCGUCCCGCCUCUUCCUCUGGCACCUCGCAAUUGCAUUCUCAGCAGCAGCAGCAACAAUACCAAAUGGCUCGGAAUAACCAACACCACCGGCAGUCCUACAGCGGCGUCGGCCCCGUCCCAGGCUACAGACAUUCCUCGUCGUCUUCCCCGUCAGCCCAGCCCGUCGCACCUUACGCCUUUACCAGCACUCCCGGUUUGGCCAACGCUGGUAACCAGUUAUCACGCCCACACAGCCUCUCUCAGAUGAAAGCGGACAGUUGGAGCCACGCGUCGCAGACCGACCUCUCCCCGACAUACCCUGGCGUUAUCCCCUCUCGUACACAUUACCAUCAUGCUGCUGGUUCGGUAUCUACUAAUUCUUCUGCAUCUGGCACAUCAUCCGCCCAUUCCUCACGUUCAAAGGAUGACCUGGCCUUACCUUCCCGCCACCUGAAGCCAGACCGUGUUCCACGCCCCCUCUCUACCAUAGAUAUGUCUUUGCCUUCUAUCCCCAUCUCAAUGCCUCCUGCUCCGUCCUCUCCAUCAUCGAAACCUUCUCCUGAUCGCUACCGUCGUGGUCAGCGACGUGCUGAGCCGGCAAGCCUGACUCCAUCUGCGUCAACCACCGUCGCUGCAGCGCCGCUGAGUCCAUCGGCAACCCCUGACGCAGUCUUGGGCGAGAAGUACCCCGCAUUGUCAUUUUCUAGACCUCAGAUCCCGGAACUCAAGACGAACUUUUCCCAGCACAGCCGAAAUGCCAGUGCUGACAACGUUCCCAACACUGACAAACCUGCGCCAGAGCUCGCAAAGAGAUAUCGACGUAGAAGUCUUGGAAGCUUGGACAACGCCGCCCUUCUUAACUUUGCACCUUCAGAGUUCUCUCCAAAGGUCAAGUCUCCUCUUGGUUCCGCGGAAUCACCCCUGAAAUCGCAGACGGAUUCGCCCCAGAUGCCGCCCUCUGUUGUUGGAAAUCGGUUGGAAACUCCCUCUCGUUCGUCGAGCCUGGGCUCUACUCAACCUAGCGCCUCCAAGCCUAAUUCCAAACCGGUUAACCAGACACCGUCACAACCUGCCGAAGUGUCACAACGCGCUAAUUCCUCCCCUCUCUCCAAGGCCUCUAAAAUGAAUGUAGACGAUUCACAAAAGAAGCCCGAUGGGAAAUCCCGAGAUGCACCCUCCGAUCAGACCAAAUUCCAAAGCGCGGCUGCAAAGCGACUCACCGAGAUCUCGAAGAAAGGUGGGAAAGGGAAAUCGAGACUACGACGAGCACUCUCCUUCAGCAGUGUCGCAGAGCUUCGUGUUGCCUCUUCACCUGAAGUUCCAGAAAUGACCCGCAAGCAGCAGCUCGAUGAAGAACUCGGUGCCGAGCAAGCCGCCAUCGCUGAAAAGCAGGAGGCUAGUGGUCUCGGUGAGAACAUCUACACGAGCCAGCGCCAUUUUUUCACAGGUUCUACCGAUAACAUCUCGGUCUCAUCCACCGCAUCCUCUGCGUCUAUCAUGCUGCGUAAGAUGGGCAAGAACGUUAAACGAUCUACUCGGUCACUUGUGGGGCUAUUCCGACCCAAGUCUCUGCAUAACGUCUCGCUCGAGACUGGUCGGGAAGAGCCCAUGGUGCCUCAGGUUUCAAGAGUGACGGUCGAGGCUCAGCGUGAGAUGCCAUCUGCCGCCAUAACGGAGAGUCCAAGUGGUAGUCGAGGAAUCCAGCGAAAUUCAGAAGACACAACAGGCUCUGGAAGGAGUGCUGAGCAGACCGACAGUGUUCGUUCGCGCAAGAGUAUCUUGGGUGGAGAUAAGGAAAGGGCUGAGGUGCUAGCUGCGGUAAAGAAGGGCAUUCUCAAGAAAACACUUCCUGGUUGCUCUUCUCCAGCUAUGCGACCGUCAGAGGCUCGUUUCACUGACUCUCCACACUCCAGUGCUCCCAGCACACCACGCGAUGAGCGGCCCCCGGGCUCUGGUCAUCGUCGUACAGACUCUGUAACAAUUGAAGGCGAAGAAUAUUUCCUUCCGCCUGGCCGCUUUAAUGGCGCUAGAGCAAGCAGCGCUCCAGUCAUACCCCAGAAUACCGUCAAGAAUAUUUCUUUCAGCCCUAGAAUUCAGUUUCAUGAUACAUGGCCUAGCGGCGAAUAUGAUCGUCGUGGGGAUAUUGCGACUUGUAAUCGUUUGACUCCUCUUUUGGCUCAGCAGAUCAAGGAGGAGCUUAAUACUUUUAAAAUGGAGAUGGAAGUGCAUGAAUCAUCCAAAGUCUAUACACACUUCUUUUAA